AUCGAAGGGUUCAUGGUCGGGCAUCCUGCAUGGAGGACACUGUGGCAUUGCUGGUCGCCACCUUCUCUACCGUUAACGUUGUGUACAGUCCUCGUGCGUUGCUGAUUAACUGUUACAUUAACGUGGAAUCACCAUUUAUAGCUUAUACAGAUUAAAACUUUGCACAAACCUCAUAACGUACAUCAAUUAAGAACUACUAGUUGCCAUAACUAGUUGCUACGCCUCAUUAAUAUCCAGAUAAUGCUUCAUCAUAGAGGGGGUUAUCUCGGAAAGCCCGCCCCCUAUUCAGUAUUUUGCGUGCUGGAUCUGUGUGACGGUCACCUCUGAGGUUGCAAGAACACAGCACCUAUUCUUCUUAUCGGGGGAGGGGGGGGGCUGGGAAUUAAUUUGGAAUAGCAGCAAAAUGUUACUCGAAGGUAUGAAACAGCAUACAGAAAGAUUUUGAAGACAGAGCGUAAGUGCUACUGGCUAACUUCUUAUACAGUAACAAUGGCAGCAUCAACGGAAAGUAUUCAAGUGUAACUUGAAUUCUGCAGCAGUAUCACCAGCCAGCACAUCAGCAAGACGUUCAUGCUGUUGUCAGAAACCUUUUUCAUUGCGUUCUUCACAUUUUUUAGGAAGCUUUUCAUAUUGUAGCACAUAUUUUCAUAUUGUAGCACAUUCCGAUUUUUGUCCCCGGUAAUGAUAAUUCGUUCUCUGUCAGUUCGGAAAUUCACAGGUACCAUUUCCGUAUCUGCAGUACAUGAAAUACCAGACAGAUGGGUUUCUGAAGGCACCGCCUUGUAGAUGACAUUUCGUCUGACCGCAUGAGGAAAGAAGAAACAAGAACAAAAAUCUUGAUUCUGGUGAAAAAUUGUAUAAGUCAGCUGUUCACUCGAACUGGAUGAAACUGGUUUCAAGAAGUAUAGGACAGUUAAUACCCACUACGCUCAGCGACUGCUAAUUCGUAAUCGAUGUGGAUAAUCAGAUUUGUGGAGGGCCUGUGAACAACGUCAAAGUUGAGCAGGUGGUUCAGCUGUUUCAAUUUAAAGAGCAAAGCGUGUUUGACCUAGUCGCUGCAGCCUAUUGCUGCUAUCUUCUCUCGAAGGAGUGCUAAUUGUCAAAGCAAUAAAAAUAUCUGAUCUUAAGCCUAUAAUCUGGAACCAUUUAGCAACUUGUCAAAAAUGCAAAAUACCAUUUGCAGUAAAUUAUGUCUUUCUGCUGAAUGUUCUAACUGCCAGUACAUGUUGAUGUAAGUGAUCAAACGGAAUUUAUAUUUGCACGUUCAAGUCAUGAACUGGCGCAGUUAGCGAGUACUGCAGGGAAACGAAAUUUAUUGCAACGGUGCUUCGUAUUGAUGCAUUUUUCGUGUGUGUGGGUAGAAGGUCCCCCCCCCCCCCCCCACUCCCUGGGGCAUCAAGUGAGUGCCCCCCAUGGCGUCACUUGAUGCCGGUAGGAGUCAAAACAAAUCCAUGCCAAUGGGAGUCAAAUGACUCCUCUUGAUGGCAUCAAAUGACCCCCCUACCUUGAUGAAGUCGUAGUGACUCUAGGAGGGGGGGGUAUAUAUGUGGCAGGUUUUGACUGCCCCAAGGGGAGUCACCCUGGCCUCCUUUUUUUUAGAGUGAAGAGGCCUUCUUCAGUGUUACCCUCUAUAAAUAUAUUCGUACCAUCUGCAUGUAAAAUACAUUUCUGGUCAAGAAACUUCGGAAGGCCAUUAACAUACAAAAGGAACAGAAACGGACCCAGGAUCGAUCCUUGAGGAACCCCCAAUUUGCUAAAUGUUAAAUCUGAGGUAACACCAGUAACCAGUACGAAGUGUUUUCGAUUUUGUAAGUAGCUUGAAAUUAAUUGAAGUCGUAUGCCCCUAAUGCCAUGCUUUUCAAACUUGCAUAAUAACAAAUCAUGUCUAAUAAAAUCAAAAGCCUUGGUUAGGUCUGUAAAUACGCCCAAAGUAGGUAGCCUUGAAUCCAUGUUGGAUUUGAUCUGUUCUAUAAUAUUACUAAGCGCGAGUUCUGUUGAGCGAUUUUACCGAAAUCGCAAUGGUGAGAUUCAAAGUAAUGGACUAGGCGUUUUAAGAUAAGGCUUUCUAUAACCUUGCUGAGGGAAGGGAGAAUGACAAUGGGUCGAUACUUUCCUGGAAGCAGUUUACUCCCUUUUUUGUGAACAGGAAUAGCUUUAGCCAACUUCAAAUCAGUUGGGAAAAUACCUUCAAGCAACAAUCCAUUAACAAGCUCGCCAAUGAGUUCAGAGACAUGAUGAUGGUGGGUUCAGAGAGAGAUAUGAUGAGAUUUAUUUUUUCUUAAAACCAACCAACCAACCACGUGAAAACUUCACAAAGACAGAGAUACUGUCAGAUCCGGAGGACAUGUUGGAUGUCCACGUGAUCCGUAGGGGUGAGAGAGAAAGUAGAUGACUGUGAUAUCAGAUCAGCGGUUUGUUCUGUCAGAGGAAGAAAUUCAACGUGUUCUGCUAUGUUACUAAAAUAAGCAUUAAAAAUGUUACCGAUGGCUUCGUGAAUAGUGUGUACCAAUCCCUGGUUCAUCCACGGAUGAGAUAACGUUACAUCGUUUUCUUGGGCGAUUUAUUGCAGAGUCAACGACCUUCCAGAUUAUUGACUGAUAAGAACCACUGCUCAUAAUCAGCUGGGUAUAAUAACGCUCACGUGUUCGCUUCACCAACGAACCCGGAAUAUUUUUGUAUUUCUUGUAGUAACUAUGCAUGUAGUAACGCAUAAGAACGAGAAGCGGGAUUGUUUCAGAGCUCUGCCCGGCGAGAUCGAAUGUUUGUGCAGCAUACAAAGACAGUUCCAGGAAUUAGGGGGCUCAGAUUGAAUUGUGCAGCACUGGGAGCAAUUUACAAUAAACCAGUUCCGUACAUAUUUCCUUUUCAUUUACAUUCAUUCGUUACUUCAGAUCAAGCAAGCACUACUGGGUAAGGUUGGACUGACAACUGAAUGGCCGGUGUCCUUGGCCCCUUUCGGAAAGGCACUGAAAAUGAGACUCGAUAAUUAGCGAUACUCGAUCACACUUAAUUUUCGAAAACAAUAGGCAGUGUUGAAGUCACUUCCGUCAGUGCGUAAUUGGCAAGAAAAAGAUUUAUGAGCAGCACAAUGGUAACGAGUUUCCAGCGCAUAAAAUAAUUGCCUUCGGUGCAGCGCUUGGGUUGUUAGUAGGGAACUGCGACAUCCAUGGUCAAGAUGCCAUUUACGAGUAUGAGGUUCGUUCUUGUAGCCGUGUUGCUUAAGGAGAGUAUCUACGUUGCCGCAUCGUCUAGCAGGGUUGCGUCAUUGGCAUUACCUAGGUCCGACGGGAUGGCAAGUGACGUCUUGGUAAAGAAUUGCAAAUCAUUGGAAAGAAGCGCGGGAGGCAUUUCUUCUGUAUUAAGCUUGAUUGCUGAUGAAGCGGUACUCGUAGCAGCGUCCUACGCCUCGGAAUCGGUGAAGCAAGCAGUGAUGGAUUACACAAGCAGUUGUACGACUCCGGAUGUUGGCCCUGUUCCGAAAAAUAUUUUACUGAAGAAAUGGAACAAGGAUGGAAAUUACAUAUAUCCAGGUACAAAAUGGUGCGGCGCUGGAAAUAUAUCCACAGAAAGUGAGCUGUAUGGAAGAGCCCAGGAGACAGACAAGUGCUGCCAAAAGCAUGAUGAAGCCAAGGAUUACAUAUUAGCAUCGCAAACACACCAUACGCAUUCAGAACUGAAAAACCCCAAAAAAUAUACUGUAACCAAUUGCUUGGAUGACAUAAAGCUCUUCAACUGCUUGUUAAACGACAACUCCACGGAUUCGUAUCAGUUUGGUCAAGCUUUCUUUGACGCCCUUGGGGUUCCAUGCUUUGCUUACACUCUCAAAGUAAGAUGCACCAGGUCUUGGUGGCUUUCGUCCACGCAAACGUGUGAGAUUGAAGAAAAUCAGCCAAAAGAGUGGCAAUUCCUUGAUCCCCCAAAUUUCUACGCUGCGUUUACGAAGAAGUGGUACCCCAACAAGGCAAUAACCACCCCAGAAGACGAAGGCAAGGUGACGUGGAAGCAACUAUGCGAGAAGGAUGCGACCAUGGGAUGCAACAGUUAUAACUUUGUCAAGUAAAGCAGCAGAGAAAUUGCGCAUGUGCUUUAGGAAGCAUUGUUUUAAAUGAAUGCAUCUCUGUGGAAUAAAGUGCUCAUUUGGAAACAUUGU